CAUGAAGAGUCUACGACGGAGUACGACUACGAAAGUACGAAGACUAGAUCAGAUCUAGACGUAGAUUUCACUUGGGUAACUGUGAAAAGCAAAGUUUCUAGGUGUAUGCAUGAAUUGAAAAUGUUGAAGGUUAAACGUUGCUCCUGCGCUUUCCUCGUGGAGGCUCUUACUGUUACAGUCCUGAUAUGCACUGGGUUGAUCAAGGGCGCCACAGGCAAGCCCCCGCACAUUGUUUUCAUAGUGGCUGAUGACUAUGGAUGGUUCGAUGUCGGCUAUCACAAUUCCACGAUCAAGACGCCCAAUCUUGACCUGCUGGCUAGCCGUGGGGUCAAACUGGAAAACUACUAUGUUCAGCCCAUCUGCUCGCCAAGCAGGAGCCAGUUAAUGACAGGCAGAUACCAGAUCCAUACAGGCCUCCAACACUUUGUCAUCAUCGCCCCUCAGCCCAACUGCCUACCCCUUAAUGAGACUACCCUGCCCCAGAAACUCAAGGAAAGUGGCUACGCCACACACCUGGUAGGAAAGUGGCACCUCGGUUUCUACAAGAACGAAUGCAUGCCCCUCCAACGAGGCUUCGAUUCCUCAUUUGGUUAUUUGUCUGGUAUGCAAGACUACUGGACUCACUUCCGGUCGGGAUCAUUCCCAGGUUUUCCUGAGGGGAACCAUUGGCUUGGCAUUGACUUUUGGGACAACAAUCGAGUGGCGUGGGAAUACACCGGAAACUACUCUCAGUUUGUGUUCACUGAACGAGCUCAGAGGGUUAUACAGCAGCACAAUCCCAAUCAGCCACUUUUCCUGUACCUGCCGCUUCAGUCGGUCCAUGGACCCCUCCAGGUCCCAGAGAAGUACAUGAAGCCUUACGCUCACUUCCAGGACGUAGGCAGGCAGACCUACGCAGGAAUGGUGGCCACUAUGGAUGAAGCAGUUGGCAAGGUUGUAGACUCUUUACAAGAAGCCGGGCUAUGGAAUGAUACAGUUCUUGUGUUUACAACAGAUAAUGGUGGAACUCCUGGUAAAUCUGGCAACAACUGGCCACUAAGGGGAACCAAGAACACCCUUUGGGAGGGCGGGGUCCAUGGUGUGGGGUUCAUUACAGGACCAAUGAUCCCUGCAGGGGUGCAAGGCACAGUGAGCAAACAUUUCAUGCACAUCAGUGACUGGUUCCCAACCCUGAUUGAAGGUGUGGCAGGGGACACCGCCGGCCUUGCUCUGGACAGCUAUAACAUGUGGAACUCUAUCACAAAGGGAACACCCUCCCCUAGGAAAGAACUCCUCCACAACAUUGACCCCUACAUCCGUGCCGACCAUCCUUUCGGCUACGGCUACGACGAAGAAACCGACAUGAUCUACCCGCUGUCCGGUCUCUACCCCAAGAUGGCAGCAGAGUUCUCCACGGAUAUGAGAGCGGCCAUCAGAGUAGGAGAAUGGAAGCUCCUCACAGGAUUUCCAGGGAGGAGCGGCUGGUACCCACCACCGGAGUGGAACAUUCACCCCAUCGAUCCUGUGGAAGCUGCUAACAAAGUAACAUGGCUCUUCAACAUCACAGCAGACCCUUGCGAGAAGAACGACCUCUCAUAUCAACAUCCUGAGGUCGUUACUGAACUUGUUGGUCGCCUGGAGGCCUACUACAAGACAUCUGUACCGGUCAGGUUUCCAAACCAGACCGUUAAAGCUGACCCUGCCUUGCACCAUGGUGUAUGGGGGCCAUGGGAGUGACCCCUAUCCCAACCAGACGAUCAAUCUAUUAAUCUAUUAAUCUAUUAAUCUUGAUCGAAGGAGACACGAACAAACGAACGAAUACAUGUACCGUAUAUGUACUUUCAUGAACAAAGCAGUACUUGAUUUAUGUAGAGGAAUACUGGCAGCUAGAUAUAGUCUAGUUUACAGGUGUGACUCAGAUAUGAGUGUUUGUAUGUGUGUCUUAUAUAUUCCUUAGCUUGUGUUCACUUUGUAUACAUUUUAUAUCUGUAUCUUGUCAACUAUGUUCACCCUUUCUUUGUUGACUUUGUAAAGUAGCCGCUUACAAAUGUAAGCCUACAGGUAUGUCUUUGUGUAUUAAUUCCUAUCAUUUUUUUGGCAUGGCAUUUGGGAAUUAAUGGGAAUCGUAUACGCUUUGUAAGCCUUUGUUGUUUUAAUUGUUGUUGUUGUCUUUAUUGGGUCUUUUUUUGUAAAUACUAUUGUUGAUGUUUUAAUGUUAUUUUUUGUUGUUGGUAUAUUUGGCAUUUUUCUGGGCCUUGUUUCAGAAAACUUGUUUAUUAUCAAUAGCAAAUGAAAAAAUUCUAUGACAAAUUUGCCUUCAGCAAAUCAAAUGCCACGAUUUCAAUAGCUUAUAUCAGUUAUUGGAACUUGUUAUAGAUAAUAUUUUUUAGGAAACUUGUUCAAGUAGUUGCGAUCGUGUUCAAGGUCGUUAUACUAUUAAGCGUAUAAAGCUUUUUUUGUGUCAUUUUGUGAAACCAGCAAUGAAAUCAGGCUGAACAGAUUAUGUCAUCUGAAAUUUGGACCCUGUUUUUCUUUUGGAAUCCAUCCAGUGCAAUAAACAAUGAUGUGAGAGUAAUAAUAA